GUGAUCAACGUUACACUCUCACUCUUGAUACCUCACAAAUUCCUUCUUCCAUCACAUCCGCUUGCAAUGGCCACGCCAGCGGCGACCAAACGCCUCACUCGCGAAUAUGCUACCAUCUCCAAAUCCCCUCCACCCUACAUCGUCGCCCACCCUUCCGAAAAGAACAUCCUCGAGUGGCACUACAUCUUGACCGGUCCGCCCGAAACUCCUUACGAAGGCGGUCAAUACUGGGGCACCCUCAUGUUUCCCCCCGACUACCCCUUCGCCCCGCCGGCUAUCCGCAUGCACACGCCGUCAGGACGCUUCCAGUCCUCUGUCCGUCUCUGCCUCAGCAUCAGCGAUUUUCACCCAAAAAGUUUCAAUCCAGCAUGGGAAGUCAGCACAAUUUUGACUGGCCUGUUGAGCUUCAUGACCAGCGAGGAGAUGACUACAGGGAGUGUGCGCGCGAGCGAUGCUGAACGCAAGCUUUUCGCGCAACGGACGCGGUGGUGGAACAGCACUGGCGGAGGCUCACAACAGGUCUUGGGUCAAACACACCUAGGGUCAAACGCCCGUGGCGUGGGUGCUAUCAAAGCGGGUGACGGUGGUGCCAAGUUCCGCGCUGAGUGGCCAGAGCUUGACGAGGAGAACAUGAAGUAUAUCAAGGAGAAACGCAUCGAUCUACGCACAGGAAUGCCUAUCUCCAGGGAACCGGAGAAGCCGCACUGCUCGCCCGAUAUGGCCGGGCUAAGAAAGCGGCCGAACGGCAGUGCAACGGUGGUGGGAGUCGCCAUGCAGGGCAAACAGAUGACAGAAGAUGCAGCGGGGCAGACUUGGUUCGGAAGGAACAAGUGGAGGCUGAUAAUUGGAGGUAUUCUAGCUUAUAUCCUUGUUGCGAGGAUUGUUGGGGAUGGCACAACUUCCACGUAG